GAAAAACAUUAAUGGUUGCAAAUAAUUAGUGGAUGUUUUCGAUGUUACAAAGUGCACAUAAUAUAUCCAUGUCUGCUUUAUAUAUAUUGUAAUGGUGGUGAAACCUAGAAUGCCAUGAGUAAAAAGCCUUCCAGAUCCCAGGGGCGGAUGGACCUGGUGCCCCCAAUCCGGUCCCUGUUGGAGAAGGGCGUUCCAAGUAUUCCCGCCCUGGACACCUACAUCGGGGACCUAGACACAAAAUUAGAGGAUAACACCAGAAAUCUAGACUUUUGUGUACAAGAUAUUCUCAAUACUGUGAACAAGUUACCUGGCAACCGAGAAUGGGACGAUCCAAGAGAUGCCAUUGCAAAUAUGCUGUCAGCCAACAUGCUGGAGAAGGACUCGUGCUACGACCCAGAACCAGAAGAUGUUCAUACAAUCCUAAGUCACAUUAGUGGGAGUCUGGAGCAGCACCCUGGAUGUGAGGAGGCUAUAUUACAAGAGUUAUUGUCCCUGUCUUCCUCGGAGGGACUGUCUCUCCCUCACACCAGUAGACCUCGUGGGACAGAUCCAAUGGCAUCUAUGGCUUCUCUCAACAUUGCCACUGACAACUGUGAAGAAAACAUUAGUCAGCAAUGGGACCGAAUAGCUUUGCACUUACGGAGAUAUUUCACAGAUCGUCUGACAAAAUUGCCAAUUGACAGUCAAAAACAGGUGAUGGAUUUGUAUGAAAACAAGCGUAUGGAAUACAUACAGAGUUUGUCCACUCUGUACCCCUCGGAGGAUGUGCUCAUCAAGUAUCAGACUUUACGGUCCCAGCAGCUGGACCAUUGCUUCCAUACUCUGCUGCCUGAUGCAGACUCUGAAGCAUAUAAUUCUGUAGCCGUCACGAAAAAUUGUCGAGAACUAGCUGAUAUUAUUUUGAAAAUGAUUGAUGAAGAUUUUGUUAUUUUCAAUUCUGGUGUGUUCAAAAAGUCAUUUAAUAUCGCGCGAGCAAUGCAUGACAUGUACCUGGAAAAAUUUUCAGAUGAAAUGUCAGCACUUGUUGAAGAUAUUUGGGAAGAAAUUGAAGAAAUCAUUCGCAAACAGCCCCCUCAGUCUUCCAGUGAGCAUAGUCAUUUAGGAAAAGGCAACUCUAAACUUGGGAAGAAAGAAAAGGCUCAAAGUCUCGAGUCUGUAUUAUCAACAAAUGUAGCUGAUGAGGAAGUGUCAACAUUCAGUUUGCCUCGAGAUUACAUGGAGUCCAUCCUCAACGUGGUCACCGCUGUCCUUCACAUUGAGGAACAUGUAGAAAGCUUGCUGAAGUGUGCGGCAUGGGACAAUGCUGGGAUCUCCAGUAAAAAAGUAAAGAGGAAGGGUAGUCUCCGUGGUGUACUGAAGACGAGCUCCAGUCCUGAGCCAGUCCGCCGACCUGUCAGCUUUAGCGGCCAUGAUGAUGUCUCCUUCUCCGACAGCUUCUCCUCCUUUGGCUCUUCAUUGUCCGCUCUCACAGACAACAUGCCCGCUCCUAAGGUUGUGGAAAAGGCUCGAGCGGAAGAGAGAUUGAGAUGGGAAUGGAAACUCAUGUUUAAAAAGAUUUCCAAGGAUUUGUCACAGUGUGUUGACAAGCAGAUACGUAACCUCCUAAAGACUACAUUAGACAAGGAGUUGAAAGACUGGAUAGAACUUCAUGUCCUUCAGACAGAGAUGGUCAGAGAGGACAUCUGGGGAGGAAAACUGGACUAUCCCAAGUCUAUCACCAAGUCGGUGCUGGACUUCAUGAACGAACUGGAUUUUCUGUUGCCCUUCGCCAAGGCCGGAUCUGACAGUGUUCUUCACUGUGUGAGGACAGCCUUCGUGGACUCUGCCAAUCUGUGUUUACAGAACUUCCACGUCCACCUCACAAAGCUAAGUGGUGACAUCCCGCGGAAUGCUCCCAUGAAGAGUUUAUAUGCGAUCCUGUCCAGUGCUGCCUAUAUCAGGAAUCACUUGUAUCACUAUGAGUCAGUGCUAAGUCCAGAGGAAAGCAGUAAGAAGGUGUUCACCGUGCUGUACAAACAGUACGAGGAGCUAGUGGAGGCUCUGAGUAAACUCACCACCGAAAUCCACAAUAACUUCAUGGCUACUAGUAUCCUACACGACACGGAGAGCAACAACUGGGCCGACACCAAAGAGUUCUUUGAGGGAGAGAGAUGUUCAUUUACCAUCCAGAUGUGGAACUACCACAUGCGAGGCCUUCGCCAUGAUGCCUGGUCUAUGUGUCCUCCGCGUCUUGGUCAGCGAAUCUACAGCAAAGUUUUACACGAAUCUAUACACAUUCUUGCCAAGAGAUAUGCUCAUGCUAAACCUUCCUACAGGCGAACAGAACAGUACAGAACGGACGUGUUGUCCAUACUAUUAUGUAUGGGAGAACUCCUGCUGCCAGCGUGUAGCUCAGUCUCUAUGUACCUGGACGUCGGUCACUCUCAGCUACCCCACUACCUCAUACAAAACCUUUGUUCCACUCUACUGGCCAGUGUAGCCAUUGUCACAUCUCCCUUGGACAUCUUAUACAAAGUUUUCAAGAGAGGGUUCUAUGACUGCUCCGACAAACAGACAUCAGAAAUUGUCUCUCCAGUAGAGGACGUCCCCGGAUCGAACACAGACUGGUUGUCAUGGAUACAGCCAACCAUAUUCCAGGCGGGACACAAGCACUACGACGACAUGCAGACAACAACAGCGCUGUACAUCCAGUGUAAACUUCUCUUGAGUCAGCCGGAGAUUGACUGGGCCAUGAUCGUCAAGGCAUUGGUGAUGAAGAACUUCACACUGCCAAUACUUUUCCUGACACAGAGUGUUCUCAAUCCAUAUCGGAACUCCCACAAUUCACCAAGGAAGGAAGUGACCUCUAAUGUCACAGCUUUGACCUCCGACCCAGAUGUCAAACAACUUUUUAAUUCCAUUGUCAGCGUUCUGUCAAAGUGUUCCCAGCAUUUCCCUGAUGCUGUUGCUAAAGCAAUAGUCCCAGUAAUCGAUCGGUGUGAACACUGGGUGUACAUGGAGACAAAACACUUACCAGGACGAGAUUUUGAUAUUCCUGUUUGGAUGUACACAAUAUUUGACCUGAUGGAACCGUUCGUACUCAGAGUACUGAAGCCAGUGUUGGAAUAUCUGGUGACUAGUGACCGCUCUGGGACACAGAUUCGACCGGUGAUGACCGUACUAGCUGAGCUUCCCUGUGGCUGCCCUCCACAUAACCCUCCUCCUACCAAGUCACAUAAAUUUGAUGCCAAUAAGGAGUUUAUUGACGUCUCCCUUCGCACUCUGUUGGGCCAAAUGGCCGAGGAUGUGUACGUGCUGCCGACGUCUGUGUGUAUACUGAUGCGUAUGAUGCAGGAACAGUGCACGAUGAAGGGAAUCAAGUCACCCCACAAAUGUGUCAGCCUCAAGAUUAUUGCGAGCUGUUUGAAGUGUAAGCUGUCGGACUUCAGCUUUAUACAGUCCGUCACUGGAGUGACACUUAGUCAGAGUGAUAAGGAUCUACUACUUCUGUUGGCCGACUGUAUCUACAGCACGCUUGUCUACACCAAAUCUAAGAGUCAGGGGACUCCCCGCUUGGCAGGGAAGUUCUGUAAAGAAAACAAGGAAUGGAUUGUGGAAAGGAUUCAGAGCAUUGGUAGCUACAUCAGCAGCGAGAUAUUUGAGACUGACGACAGUAAUAUACUAGAGCUUGCUACCAACGAGUUUAUGGCUCAGCUGUUUUCAUUACUGGCUAGUAACAUUCUGGAUACUGACACAGGUCAAAGAGAUCUGCGUAACAUACACUUCCUCAUCACCAAUAACUUCCUGUGGCUGGAACAUCAUCUUGACAUCCAAUAUGUGCUGCCCCCUGGUGACAACAAACCACUUCCUGUUUUCACCACCAACAUGAAGUCUACAGCACAGAGAGAAUUUGACCCGGCAAAGGAGUUUGAUUUGAUCGGAACUCGGAAGUUUGAUCAUGAGACAAUCAGGAACUUUACAAUACAAUGGCAACAACUGCUUCAGUCCGACCUCGGUCUCAGUGAGUUUGGAUUCCGGACACUUCUCUACAAUCGGCAUGAGAUGCAGGACGGAGCUUAUCUCGAGGAAAAUGAAAAGAAACCAGUUGAAGUUUUACGAUCUGCAUAUGAAAAUGAAGCAAGGGAACUCGGAUGAGGGAUUUAUCAAGUGGAAAAUUGUUUCCGAAAUCAAUGACUAAUGUUAAUACAUAUUUUAGAAUCUUUAGUGCCAUGUAAUAGGUGAUACAAACUUACAAACGUAGUGCUGCUGUUUUGUUUAUUCUAUAAAAUCUUCAACAUGGGCACAACUUUGUGACUUUCAUAAAAUAAAAAUCAAUUUGUACAUGUUAUAUCAGCAUUGCCUAAGUUGUAACGGAGAAUUGUUGAAUAUUGAAACUGAAUUAAUAGUUCAAAAAUAUUCCGCAGGAAGAUAGCAAAAACUGCUUUAAGAAGAAAAACAGCUUUAACAUAAAAUACUAUUAACAAAUCAACAGAUUUGGUACCUUGUUAUGUGUAUUUUAGUCAUGAUCUAGUCCCGUUUUGAAUUCUAUAGUGAAUCUUUUCUGUAACUAUGUUCCAUAUAAUUAUGUAUAUAUAAACAUUACCAAGAAAUUAACUUGUUCCUGGAUUUUUUCCCAUCGUACAAGAAUAUAUCUCCUUAUUGUCAAUUGUAUUGAAUAUUUUCCUGUUUGAACUUGAAUUACAUGUGUUUAAACCUCCAAGUAGUGACAUUGCGCUUGGUUGUAACAAAGAAUUUUUGUUUCUCUUUAUAAUGUCAAUAGAUAAUUAACAUAAUCAAAUUAUUAUCAAAAGCUUAUUGAGAAACUCACAUAUUUUAUAUUUUUAUGUAGAUAAAUCUAUAUUUCCUGGAUAGGCAAAUGUAUUAUUACAGAACUAGGCAUUUUAACACAUAAAAUGAUAUUUAGUGAUUUUAAAUAUCCAGAUUUCCCAAUUUUGUCCUUCUACGCAAUAUUGCAAUGUUACAGCUUCAUGUACUUAAAAGAUUUUACCAUUAGCAUUGAAUGUAGAAGUAUUUAUAUUAAUUUUGGUCAGUUAGUCUGAUGUGUAUUAAUACUCUAUAUCUUUCUAUAGAUUCUCCCCGUAUCUAUUUAUAACCUUUCCCUGUGUCUAUUUAUAGCUUUUUCAAGUUAUAUACAGUAUAUAUUUAUAGCUUUUCGCUUUAUUUAUAGAUUUCCCCAGGAUCUAUUUAUAGCUGUACAGCAAUUAUUUAUUACCACACAUCAUAUUUUAUGAAGCUCUGAUAAAUUAAUUAAUUUCUGUAAGUUAUUUGUUAUCCAGAUGUUGUACCGUCCAAAAUACCCAGUUGCUCAAGUAUGAACCAUUUAUAUUACCGGUAUCUUGUGUAAUGUUUUUGUUCUUUGAAAAUUCUGUAUGUGUAUGUUCAUUCUGACAUUUUUCUUUUAUCCAGAUUGAAAACACAUAAUGAUCAUAGUUGUCAGGUUGGUACUGUGAACCAAACAUAAUAUAGUGUAUUACAUAAUCAAGACUCCCUAAAUCAGUUACUGAGGAUCUACUCAUAUCUAUAUCUAAUUGAAUUAUCAAGUAAAUAGCUGUAUAACAUUUUGGUAGUGAUAAAACUGGCUGAUAUGGAUGUAGUACAUCGUAGUAUAGGUUUGACAUAGAUCUGUAGUGUAGUAUGAUGAAACACAAAGAUAUUUUAUUUCAAAUAUCUGCGCAGUAAUUAAUAUAGUGUUCUAAUCUUUGUUAAUGUAUUUAUUUUUGUUACAGUACUUUAUAAUAGAUUCAACUCUCAAAACAGCUAAUAUACUAAUAUACAUGUUUAUUUAACAUACAUUGUAGUUUAAUUUUCUAGAUGCAUGUUAUAGUUAAAGAUACUGUUUAAAACUUUUUGGGAUAUUUUAAACUUUUCGAUAUUGGUUUUUAAAUAAUUCUUUAUGUCUUUUAUUUAGCCUAAGGUAUUUUCCUAAUUUUUUUUUUUUUUUUUUUCUUUUUCGAUUUUACGUCCCUUUUGGCAGUUAUCAGAAAUAAUUCAUCACAACAAUUUUGUAUCCUUUUUAGCAGGUGUUGUUACUGUGGUCAAUCCUUCCUUAAACAAUUCUUUCUAGUGCUACUUGCCAAAAAAUAUUGGAAGGAUCUUUUUGAAAUAUAUCAUGAUUGUUCCUCAUGAUGCCACCCUUCUUCUUCAUGUUAUGUUUUAAACUGAUCAGUAUAUUGGUAUUUAUGAGAAACCAUGACAGCCAUCUUGAAUUUUGUUGUUAAAAGUUUAUUAGUGCUAUUUCACAGAAAGUGAGAUAUUUUAAAGUUCUCAAUGUAGAUUUCCCCUGGCUUAUAGCUGUGUAUAUUAAAGUAAAAGAUAAGAUGGAAUUGGUUCGGCAAAUCUGUAUGCAUUCUGUCACAAUGGCGGGCUCCAAGAUCCUUCUGGUAACACUAGUUAUGAAUUCCACACAGGAAUCCCCUCCAAAUCUACUAACUGUAAUUAAAGUUUGUUAUAAAAGUUUCUGACAUCCUGUUUUUGAGAUUAGCAUGGAUUUAAAUUUGAGAUUUCUAUGUAUCUAAUACCAUAAUACUGCAUUACCUUAACUUUUUGAGUGUUUUUAUAUUGAUCAUAGUGUUGGCUACUCUAGCUAUCACAAGAACUCCAGAUCUAUAACACUUGUUCAUUGCAAAUGUUGGGAUCAAGAAGAUACUGCCUACAAGAAACGUUUGCCUUGUUUAACUGUCACCAUUGCCCAAUAGUAAGAUUUAAGGGCAAAUUUGAUAAUGUAACAAAAAUUUCACAACGCUCUACCAUAAACAUUUCACAUAAAUAUGAUCAAUAUGUGUUAAAUGCAUUGAAAAAACUUUUCUUUCAUUAGGCAAAAGAUUUCUUGGGCAAAAGAACCACUGCAUUCACUUGAACACUGAAAAUCAUGAAAAAGUAAUUUAUGAAUCUUCAAAGUGUAGCAACUUAUCAGUUUAUCGUUUUUCCCGCCAAAUAAUUUAUGGGGGGGAUGUUUUUGUUGUCUCAUGAAAUGUUAAGACAUAUUUAUACAUUAUUGUACAGAGACUUUAUGACCUUGUUGAACAUAUGUUUUUGAUGUGUAAAUUGAUAGUCUCCGAUCUGAUGUUUUUUGUUGUUAACCUUAAGGAUUGUUGUCUGUGAUAUCCAUGAUAUUUAUUACUAAUUUAUGACCAAAUAAAGUACUUCCUCCUUA